AGAAAAGGGGCAUAUAGAAAAGGGGCUAUAUAAGCUAUAGACGACCUACGGGAGCGGCUUGGCUCGGUGGGCGCGGCCCACGGGAGGUGCGUAGCUCGGUGGGCGUAGCCCAGGUGUGUCUUUGCUACUGAAUUCCUGUCACUUAUUUCCCUUAAAGGUAAACAGAUGGAGCACGCCUCGGGUCGAAGUGAAAAUGUUAAAAAUGUAACCGCUAAAAAUGUAACCGCUAAAAGGACCCCUUUGCGUUCAAAAUGCCGGCAAGAAAGAGAAAACCCAACGUUCGUUUUUCACCUGGUCGGAUUAAGAAGAUGAUGCAGAAAGAUGCGGAGGUGGGUCGUAUCGCCGCCGUGGUGCCUGUGCUGAUCUCCCGUGCCUUGGAGCUGCUGGUCCGGGGUCUUCUGGUCGAGACCUGCCUCAUCGCCCAGGCCCAGCUCAGCUCCAUAGUCCUGCUUGCUCACAUGAAACAGUGCAUCGAGUCUGAGAAACGCUUCCACUUCCUGAACGAGCUGACGGAGAGGGCCACCGCCCUCACGGCCCACAGGGACGCCAGGACGCUCAGCAUGUGGUCCUUGUACAGGACUAAACCGAAGACUAUGUCUGUCAAAGAACCAUUGAAGGUAGCAGAACAGACCUCCAAAACAAAGCCAAGGAGCCAAGCGGACAGUUCCAGUGACUCUGAUUCUCCGUUGUACAUCUGCUUGUGACUCAAGAACAUCCCAUAAUAAUACAAGUUUCCUCCCCCAAGGUCCUCAUGAAGCUUUGAAUGAUGAGCUUUAGAUAUUUAUAUUACUUUAGUUAUUUAAGCUACUAGAUUAAUUUGUCAGGCAAAUAUUUUUGUAGAGCAGUUAUUUUUUGUUUAAUUUGGAAUAAAACCUUGGUUUAGUUACAGGCUGAUGGAAUGAAGACCAUGGUAUUCUUAUACAUGUAAGAUGUGUGUUGUAACUUUAAUACAUUGUGUUACACAAAAGACCAAGAUAUAUGAUCGAAUGUUGAACUAUUCAGAUGCAUUGUUGGUAAAUGCUUUUCCACGGUACCUCCUAUCUGCAGUUCCCACCCCUAGGAACUUUAGAUCAGACGUUUUAGUCGCAGCAAA